AAGUUUGCGUGUCUUUGAAAGUGUGAUUUUGUUUGUUUGUUUGGAACUUUGUUUGUUUAUUCGAUCUUAAGCUUUGAAAUCCGGUUUCUGUAUUGCUUCUUAAACCGAGCUAAACCAGCUCAAUAAAAUCACAAUUGGUUCAGUUGGUCUUCGGUUUAAACCAAUCAAGAAUCACAAGCUCGAAUUCGGCACAAGCUUUCUUCAAUUUCAGUCUUCCUCGGCCAUCGAUCUGAAUCUCUCUGGCAGGAAGGAGACACAAGAUCUAAGUUUCUUCUGUAUUAGGAUCUGAAAUGGCUAACACUGCCUGCUUUAUAAUCGUGGGUCGGAAUGAUAUUCCCAUCUAUGAAGCUGAAGUUGGAUCUGCUGCUAAAAGAGAAGAUGCUGCUCAGUUGCACCAAUUUAUAUUACAUGCAGCUUUAGACGUCGUCCAAGACCUAGCAUGGACUACAAGUGCCAUGUUCUUGAAGUCCGUCGACAGGUUUAACGAUCUGGUUGUAUCAGUGUAUGUUACUGCAGGCCAUACUCGUCUCAUGCUCCUUCAUGAUUCACGCAAUGAGGACGGUAUCAAGAGCUUCUUUCAGGAGGUGCAUGAGCUUUAUAUAAAGAUUCUUCUAAAUCCUUUGUAUCUGCCCGGUUCUCGCAUCACAUCGUCGCAUUUUGACACCAAGGUACGCGCACUCGCAAGGAAGUAUCUCUAGAGAAGACAGAGAUUCUGUGCAAUGGCCAAUUUUCUUGGAUACAUAUCGCAAUUUUUUGUCUUUUAUGUUUAGUUUAAUGCUGGAUAUUGUUAUUUAUAUAACUUUCAGUCACAUUUUAAUGUUGAAAUUCCUUUGUUUGGUAUGAGAAAUGAUCAUUCAAUCCAAACCAUAA